AUGGCGACCCCGCUGAACAGAUUCACAGGCAAUGAGAUUUUGUCGAUCAGCCAAGCAAGAUUGGCCAUCUCACUGGGAGACGAGCCGUUGAGGAGGACCCGAACUACUAACUUCAUAGUAGUGGACGCGCCAUCAGCUUACAACGUCAUCUUAGGACGAUCGGCCCUCAACAAGUUCCGGGCGAUAGUGUCGACCUACUGCCAGAAGGUAAAGUUCCCAGUGGACGAUCAGGUGGGCGAGGUCAAAGGCGACCAGUUGGCUGCUCGGCGAUGCUAUGUGGAAAUGGUCAAGACCGAGGCCAAGGCUGCUCAAAAGACUCCACGGCAGAGGUAA